CGGCUGCGGGCAGGCCCCGCCCCUGGAGGUCCGGGAAGAGCAGCCGGGCGAGAGGAUGGCGGCUGACGAGGCAGAGAAGGCCCGGGGGAAGCGCGCUGCUCUCUCCUUCGCCGCCGUCGCCCUGGUGCUGGGGCUGCCGCUCUGGUGGAAGACGACGGAGACGUACCGGGCCUCGCUGCCCUACGCGGGGAUCAGCGCGCUGGGCUCGCUCCGGUUCCAGCUGACUGUGCCCGUCUCGGUGGUCUUUGCCAAGGGGGCUCUGCCAGGAGCUCAGUGGAGGAGACUCCCUUUCGCAGACACACAGGAGGAGGAGAACCUGUUAAACUCAAAAACAAGCGUUACAGCCCGCUAUGAGACGACUUAUCGGAGUGCGACCGCCACGGAGCAGGCAGCCUUGGCCAUGGCCACCGUGCAAGAGGCAGAUGCUGCGCUGCUCCCGCUGCAGGAGGACUCGGUGGGCGCUCUGACAGUAUACGUGAUCCCGGAAACCUCCCUUCUCCUGCCUCAGGGCAUUGGUGUGUACGUCGGGAAGCACCGUAGCGCUGUGAUGAGGCGUACGCAGGGCCCAGGGGAUGUCCUGGCUGCCAUUAGUGCCCGGGUGCAGCAGAUUGUGCAGGCCAUGUCCUUUACCACCGACUCCAUCACCACCGCCUUGUCUGAUCGCGUCCCCAUGGACCAGCUCGGCACGGACACGAGGCGCCCGUUCAAAUCCAGCCUGGGGUACGAGAUCACCUUCAGCUUAUUGAACCCAGACCCCAGGUCCCAUGACGUGCACUGGGACAUCGAGGCAGCUGUCAACAGCUACGUGCAGCCCUUCCUCGACAAGCUGGGCUCAGUGGCCAACUUCUCGGUGGACUCCCAGAUCCUGUACUAUGCCGUCCUGGGGGUCUCGCCCCGCUUUGACAAGGCUUCCUCCAGUUUCAUCCUGAGCGCGCUCAGUCUCCCCCACGUCAUUAACCCGGUGGAAGCCAGGCUGGGUUCCAGCGCCACUUCGCUCUACCCCGUGUUGAACUUCCUGCUGUACGUGCCAGAGCGCGUCCAUUCCCCUCUCUACAUCCAGGACAAGGACGGCGCCGCGGUGGGGACCAACGCCUUCCACAGCCCCCGCUGGGGUGGGAUCAUGGUGUACAACAUCGACCACCCAGCUCCUGACAAGGCCCCUCUCCCGCUUCGGGUGGACGUGGACAUGGUGCGAGUGAUGGAGGUGUUCCUGGCCCAGCUACGGUUGUUGUUUGGGAUCUCCCAGGUGCCGCUCCCAGAGGAGUUCCUGCUGGAGAGCCCUGGGAACAAGGGGCUGACUGACUGGGAGCUGGACCGCCUGCUGUGGACCCGGACGGUGGAGAAUAUCGCCACGGUGUCCACCACCCUCACCUCCCUGGCCCAACUGCUAGACAAGAUCGGGAACAUCGUCAUCAAGGAUGAUGUUGCUUCUGAGGUAUACCAUGCAGUAGCAUCUGUGCAGACUGCCAUGCUGGAGCUGGCCUCUGGCCGUCUGGGCUCAGCAUUCCAGGCCAGUAAAGAGGCGGUCACCUCCUCGGAGCGGGCCUUCUUUGACCCUUCGCUGCUGCAUCUCCUCUACUUCCCUGAUGACCAGAAAUUUGCCAUCUACAUUCCACUCUUCCUGCCGAUGGCGGUGCCCAUCCUGCUGUCCCUGGUGAAGAUCCUCCGGGAAGCCAAACAGAGCAAGAAGGAGCCCAUGAAAACUGACUGAGCCUGUCUGCAGCUGCCCCAUGGGGCAGGGGAGCUCAGAGCCAGCUCGUGACAGCCUGUCUGUGUAGGAACAGUCCGGGCCCAGUUAAAGGGCUUGGACUCAGAUGAUUCUUCGUGAAUCCUGGAAGAGUGGAAAGUCUGGCAGAAAUAGGGUGUUGGGUCAGAAACCGAGGCUUAGCCCCAGCAUGGCCACUUCCCAGCAUGAAGCUCUUGGGUUCGCCUUUGCCUUUACCUAGGGGGUUAGCAGGGACUCCUAUGCUGCUGCUAGGCCUCUACGGCUGGCCCGGGCCAGCCGACUCCGGCUAAGGGGCUGUUUCAUUGCGGUGUGGCUCUUUGGGCUUGUCCUAGAGCCCGGGCUCCAGCCCCCUGCAAGGUGGGAAGGUACCAGAGCGUGGGCUCCAGUCCAAGCCCCAAUGUCUACACCUCAAUUAAACAGCCCCUUGGCAAGAGCCCCACAAGCCCGUCAGCUGGCCUCAGCAGAUCUCCCCCAAGGAGUGCAGAGUGGCUACAGCUGCGAGUGACUGGCCGUCUGAACAAAAUGCCCCUGCAGGCUGGGUCCAAGGUGGAUGAGCUCGGGCCACUUCUGCUUUUUCUAGUUACUGCAGCCAGCUCCACCACCAGACAGCAGAGGAGGCACUUUGGGGCUCCCUGGGUAUGAGUCAAGCUUGCACUCCCCGCACGGUGCCUGGAUGAAGGGGCUUUCCUUUGAGUCGGAAGGAUUGGGAGAGGCUCUGGAGACUGUCCCCUCUGAGUGCUUCAGCAGCCUGAAGUGCACCCUUCCAGCCCAGCCCUUACAUGGCGUGCCCCUGGGGCUGCCUAGCUUAGCGGGAGUGAGACCUGUGAGGCACCUUCCCUUUAUUCCUGUUGAGAGCCUUAGUAUUGGCAGGGUCCCCUCUACGUGCACUGGACCCGGGUCCCUCCCCUUGUGAGCUGUUAAUCCACAAGUGUGACCCUGCCACCUUCCCCAACGGAGGGGGCAUAUACAGGCCAGCCUGGGCCUGUGCAUUGGGGCAGCGCUUCCUCGCAGUGUCUGCAGCAGGUGAGUGCUGCUCAUCCUUCAGGGCCGUUCAGAAAGUGGCUCUUGGGUUUCUUAGCUUCCUGCCACGGCUGGCAGCCUGUGGGUCUCUGUGAGGGGAGCCUGGGGCCCUGUUUUGCAGGUGGGCUGGGGGGGGUGGGCAGACGUGAGAGUGAUGCACUGAUCAAUGCUGAACAAAACAAGGUUUCUUUUUAAUAAAAGUAAAAGCCAGA